AAGAAGAAGUUGAGUGACGUCAGUCCGAGCGGGAGCUUAGUUAAUUCAGAAACAAAAGUGGAAUCCUUCUAUCUAUCCUUAGGCAUUUGCCAUUUCUCUGAAAAACAUGGCCCAGCACAUCGAAGAGGAUUUACCGCCCAACCUUGCGUGUUUAAAAAAUAUUGACACCCUGCUGCGAUGUCCAAUUUGCUUUGAUUUCCUCAACAUUACAAUGAUGACUAAGUGCUCCCACAAUUUUUGCUCCUUGUGCAUCAGAAAGUUUCUUUCCUACAAGCUGCUUUGCCCAGUUUGCAACUCACCAUUGACCGAACAGGACCUUCGAAACAACCGCCUGUUAGAUGACUUGGUCGUUAACUUUCAUGAUGCAAGGCAGCAGUUGUUAAAAGCAAACUUUGAAUCUCCUCCUAUAUCACCAAAGACCCCAGCUUCAGCUGUCAAAUGCAAAACCCCAAUUCAGAAGUCCCAGAAGUCCAGUAGCUCCAUUUUAAGUCACUUUUUCCAAAAGAAGCCCAGGACACCUGGUAAAGAAGCCCAUCAGGAUGUUAAGUUAGAAGAAGUACAGGAAACACCAAGCCGCAGCGCAAAGGGCUCUGACCUACAUUCUGGAACAGCUCAAAUGUCAGUGGUUAUAAAGGAAGAGCCGGUGGAUGCAGAGGACCCAUCUAUCAAGGUUCUGAUGUCUGUGAACAAGCAGGAUACAGAUUUUCACACCGGCUCCGAGAAGGCGCAUUCCUCAUCACCUUCAAUAGAUGUAAAGCCCAUAAUCAAAGUUGAGUGUCCUGUGUGCUCUGUAAGCGUGCCGCAGCACUUUAUCAACAAACAUCUGGACACAUGUCUUUCCAGUGGGGAAAAGAAGGAAAGCCUUAGGAGGUAAAUGACUUAGGAUAUGA